UUCUUUUGUCAGUUUAAUGCGGCUUUUUGGACACUCUACGAUGGUUCGAGAUCGUUUAGCUGAAUUAUGUGCUAAUAAAAGAAAUGACUCAGGUAAAAAUUUUUUACAAGACAUUAAUCAAAGAUCAUCAAGCAAAAAAGUUAAAGAUGUAUUAGAUGAAGCUGAAAAAAUACGUGAAAUGAUAAAUAUUUUACAAGAUAAUAUUAGUAUUGUUAAAGAUUUACACAACAAUGUUUUAUCACACACAGACUUAGGAAUUCAAAAUGAAUUGGAAAGUAGAACAUUCGUUAUAUCACAAACAGCUUUUAGAAUUCGCACAAGUUUAAAAGAUUUGGGUAAAGAUGUGGCGCGUGUUGAUGAACUGACGUUGGAGAGCGCGAGAGAUGGUCCCGUUUAUAUGCGAAUUAAAUUCUUACAAUACACGACUAUAUUGAGAAUGUUUUCAGAUAUAAUGCAUGCUUAUAACGAAUCAUUGUUGAGAUAUCAUGAUAAGUGUUCUUCAUUAUUACACCAGCAGAGGAUAUUACUUAGAAAAGAAACAGCAAGUCAAGUAUUUGACCUGGGCGAUAAUGAUGAAAAAACAAAUCUCUUUGUUGAUAAUAUAUUAGAAGAAAGUAGAUUAGCAAAGUUACAACUUACAGAAAUUACAUUUAGACAUAAUGAGAUAUUAAAAUUAGAAAAGUCGAUAAAAGAAAUAAGAGAUAUGUUUUUAGAAAUAGCAUUUUCCGUUGAAAAACAGGGCGAGCAAUUAAACUGCGUUGAAUAUUUUGCUGGUAAAGCAACAGAUGACGUAGAAGGCGGUCGUUCCGAUCUUACGAAAGCCGAAAAAAAACGUCACAGAAAUCGUAAAAGGAAAACAAAAAUAUUUGUAGUACUUGGAAUUAUUAUUGCUAUACUAUUAUUAAUAGCGAUUUUUUUGUAAAUAUUGUCAUGUAAAAUUACUGUCAUGGUAAAUGAUGAAAAAAAAAAACUUUAUAGAAUAUAUUGUAGUUAAGUAUUAAUAAUAUUAAGUAUCAAACU